UAUAUCAUAUAGUUUCCGGUCUCGCGAAGAAAAACGCCGCUCCGCCACCGCCGUCGGUUCAGUAACGCCGUCGCCGCGAACGCGUACCCACCGUCUUCUGGUGUGCGUCGGACCCACCGACGACGAGUCCUGACGCCGUUUCGCCGGCACGCGUACGUAAAUCCGUACGACAGUAGUUGUACACCACCCACGUAAUACAUCCGUCGACGGUCUUAUCUCUUCCCCCCGAUACCCACACAGCCGUUAUUUUUGGUUUUUUUUUUUUUUUUUUUAAAUACCGAUAAUUAGUAUUGUCAUUCGGGCCCGACGAAGACGACUGCGCUGCAAGUGUCGUCUGCACACACGAGUCCGAUUCGAAAUCAGGAGGUGCGCUGAAUGUCAAAUAGGUUUAUCCUUUUAAUUGGAUGAUUCUACCGAUGCAUCAAACUAAUAGCCUCAGGUAAGACAAUAUCAUAAUGCAAUUUCGUCCAACGUAAUAAUAUUAUAUGCUCGCCUCUCAUAAAUCAGGAAAACCUCAACGGCGACGACAAUGUGACGGUGACCGGGUACGACUGACGUGACUGCCGGCUGUGGAUAAAGACGCGACGCGGUACACUAACGCCGACGACGGGCACGACGCGGAGUCAUCCUGCACGGUUAGCUAACUGAUCGCCGAUGGAAUAUCCUAGCGUCAUGCAGCUGGCGGCCGGCUGGCCUUCGAUGGAACCGCCGACGGGCGCGUACAACGGCACCGACAUGGGGCCGUACAACAACGGCACCGGCGACAGGGACGCGCUGUACUGCGACGACACGUCUGGGCACGAGUCGUCGCUGUACCUGAUAUCCAAGAUCCUGUACGUGAUCGUGUGCGUGAUCGGGCUGGUGGGCAACACGCUGGUCAUAUACGUGGUGAUCCGGUUCUCCAAGAUGCAGACGGUGACCAACAUGUACAUCGUCAACCUGGCCAUCGCUGACGAGUGUUUCCUGAUCGGCAUACCGUUCCUGAUCGUCACCAUGUCCAUGGAGUUCUGGCCGUUCGGCAACGUCAUGUGCAAGGUGUACAUGACCACUACCAGCGUGAACCAGUUCACCAGCAGCAUUUUCCUGAUGAUCAUGAGCGCCGACCGGUACAUAGCCAUAUGCCAUCCGAUAUCGUCGUCCAAGGUGCGCACCGCGUACGUGUCCAAGAUCGUGUCGGUGACCGCGUGGACAUUCAGCAUCAUACUCAUGAUACCGGUCAUCAUGUACGCCAACACAAUGGACAAGGGCAACGUCAAGAGCUGCAACAUCAUAUGGCCGGAGAACGACCUGUUCAGCGGGCAGACCGCGUUCACGCUCUACUCGUUCGUGCUCGGGUUCGCCAUACCGCUCAUGCUCAUAUUCGUCUUCUACAUACUGGUCAUCAGGAAGCUGCAGACGGUGGGACCGGUGAACAAGUCGAAGGAGAAGAAGAAGUCGCACCGGAAGGUGACCAAGCUGGUGUUGACGGUGAUCACGGUGUACGUGCUGUGCUGGCUGCCGUACUGGAUCACGCAGGUGGCGCUGAUAUUCACGCCGCCCAAACAGUGCCAGUCCAAGAUCGUCAUCACGAUAUUCCUGUUGGCCGGCUGCUUGAGCUACAGCAACAGCGCCAUGAACCCGAUCCUGUACGCGUUCCUCAGCGACAACUUCAAGAAGAGCUUCCUCAAGGCGUGCACGUGCGCGGCCGGCAAGGACGUGAACGCGGGCCUGCACCAGGAGAACAGCACGUUCCCGCGCCGGAACCGCGGCGGUUCGGAGCGCGGCGGCGGCCGGACCGGGCGGGCCACCACCAUACUGUGCCAGGCUGUCAGCGGCGGUGGCGGCGGCGGCGGCGGCGGCGCGGGCGGUUGCUGCAAGGACGACGACGGCGGGUGUUGCGGCGAGACGGGACCGCUUGUCGGCCGCGCCGAGCUGGUCAGCAAGGAGAACACGUCCACCGCGCUCACCAUGACGUCUCGGUCCACGUGCAACGACAAUAACGUGCAACCCGCCCAGUUGUAACGGCCGCCGCUGCAGUUGGACAUGAUAUUAUUUUUUUUUUUUUUACAUCGUACAUUUCUACGCACUAUAUUAUUAUUAUAUAAAUACCUAUAUACCUAUUAAAACAUGACGACAUAUUCCUUUUUAUACGUUACGUACAUAAUAAUAAUUAAUAAGAACAAUACAAACAUUAGCUAUACACCAUAAUAGGUAGACACUAAAAAAAAUAAUGUUAUAUACUAUAUAGAAUCUAUAUAUAUAGGGUAUUAGGUACCUACAUGUAUAAUAUAUUAUAUAUCUGCCCCGUCCCCCAAAGAUGUACAUACCUACCUACAACGACCAUACCUAUUUUUAGUUUAUACAUAAUAUUAUAGGUAACUAUAAUAUAUUUAACUAUAAUAAUAGUCAUAACUCGCGUAAUUAUUACCUAUGCCUACUAUUAUUUAAUUAUUCUACAUAGGUACCUAUUAUACUCAAUAGUUGUAUUGAUGCGGCAUCAUCGAGUUUAAGGGGAAACGGCCAACGAGACUUUUAUUGUUUCUCAUAUUAUAAUGUAAUAUGUCUCUUACCAACUUUUCAAUGAUAGAUAUUUCGAAUAAAAUAUGUUUAUGAAUAUAUGUAUAUUAUAUGGUAUAUCAUUCUUAUACCGUAUUCACCACGAUGCAGCAUUGAGCAUAUGACCAUAAACGCACCCACCUAAUAUGGUCGUAUCUUGUAUAAAGUAUCAAUAUAAGUGUAGGUAUAUCUCAUAUAUUUCUCUUGAACGUUGUCGUGCACGUAGAUACAUAUAGGCUUAGCCAUUACACGAAGUGAUUUUACGAUAUGCACCAAUUGCACGUCCUAAUAUGUUCUAUAAGUCCUAACAUAUUAUAUAAGUAAGUAUAUUAUGUGUAAUGCGUGUUAUUUUAAAGGAAAAGAUAUCGAAAAAGUUGUUUUGAUAAAAUCGAUCAUAAUAAAUUAUGGUAACAUAAAUAUACAAAAAGACAACUUCCAAUGGCGAGUGUUUUGUCGUUAUAUUGUAAUAUACCUACCUAUAUAAUAUAUUUAUUUCAUUUAAAUUAAUAUAAUUAAUAUUACCACCUACA